AUGCCCACAGAGUUGGGAGUAACUUUGGACACAUCUUGUGGGAUUCCAUUUAAGGGUUUUAUGCUUCAGGCGCGUCAGGCAAACAGUCUUAACACCCAAUCAAUAGUGGGUUCAUUCAGUGAACCUGGGCUGGCAGGCACCCAUUUGUUAGACUGUAGCGGAGGCAAGGUUGUCACCCACACAAAUAACAACGAGAAGAAUAACCUUGAAUUUGAGUGGACUGUGACAGGCUCACUUACUGAGCAUGUGGUGUUUGUGGCAACAUUUGUACGGGGGUUUUCAGAAUUUUAUGUGAAGGUAUAUUCAGAAGUUCUGAAAUACACUGGUGACAACAAUCUGCCUACUGGUACCUUCCCCACUCCACAUGAGUGCCCGGUGUUGGUGGUGUCUCUGAGGAUGCUGAUGUGGAACUUCGAAGAGUUGCUUCUCUGA